AUGGCCGCGAAUACGCCCAAACCGGCUUACCCUCAAGCAGAGUGUUUAAUUAAUGCCGGCCUACAAGCUCAGGUUCUCCUGCCGACGGAGGCUGACUACAUCGCUCGCGAGGAGUCGUACUGGUCCAACAGCGCCAAACUCAAGCCCGCGUGCAUCGUUCGACCACGGUCCUCGCAGGAAGUGGCCGUGGCUGUCAAAGCGCUGGUUGCCGCUGGCCAGAAAUUUGCUGUUCGCAGCGGUGGACACACCCAGUGGGCUGGCUCAAAUAACAUACAAGAUGGUGUAACCAUCGACAUGAGCUUGCUGGACUCGACCAUCUUUGACAGUGCCUCCGAGACUGUCAGCAUUGGGCCAGGUGCGCGCUGGCGUCAUGUGUAUGAUGAGCUACACAAGCAUGGACGAGCUGUCGCAGGCGGCCGUGAUGGUAACGUCGGCGUAGCUGGGCUGCUACUUGGCGGAGGGCUUACUUUCUUCAGCGCGCGAAUGGGAUUUGCGUGCGACAAUGUCAUCGAGUACGAGAUUGUGCUCGCUGAUGGAAGUAUUACAUAUGCCGACAAAGAGCGCAAUGGCGAUCUCUUCGUCGCACUCAAGGGUGGAUCCAAUAACUUCGGCAUUGUGACAUCUUUCAAAAUGAAUGCCAUUAAGUCCGACAAGAUAUGGGGCGGUGUGGCAAUCCUCCCAAAGCAAGUGACUCCGCAGGCCGUCGAUGCCUUUGUAGCCUUCACAGACAAUGUUACCAAUGACAACGACAGCAAUUUGAUCUGUUUCUUCACUCACUCGCCUAGACUCAAGGAUAUAGUCAUCACCCCCUUCUACGCCAAUAUUGUAGGCAUUGAGAAGCCACCCGCAUACGAUAAGUGGUUGUCCCUGCCGGAGAUUGACAAUAAAGCCAAGAUGACAAGCAUCUCUGAAAUGGCCUCUGAGUAUCAUAUAUCUGCCGGAUACUAG